AUGUCGCGCGAUCCCUACCACGAUUUCGCAUCGGACCUCAAGAGCUCGUUGGCGUCGGCGCGCUCGUUGAGUGAGUCGUACAGGCAGCUCGUCGCCAGGAGCGCUGCAUCGAGUGCAUCGGGCGCCGGUGGCUCGUCUUCGCGUCGCACAUCCAGCGAGAUCGACUCGGCACACGACCGGCUUUCGGAUGCGAUCGAAGGACUGCGGCAGGACGUCGAGGAUGUCAAGCAGAGCGUGGCGGUGGUGGAGCGCAGCGGGCCCGAGCGCUUUGGCGUGACGCCAGACGAGCUGCGCCGCCGCAAAGCGUUUGUCGAGGAAUGCGAGGCCGAGAUCAAGGCGCUGUCCAAAGUGGUCAAGCAAUCAGCUCCCGGUGGACGCCGCGGCGGUUCCGGAUUCGACUCGGUCAAGAUCGAUGUGGAUGGCCAAGACGAAGAUGCGACAGAGGUGUUCGAGCGUGAACAGCAGCAGAUUCUCAUGUCGCGGCAAGACUCUACGCUGGACAAGAUCGGCACGACACUCAACAGCCUGCGCAACCAGGCGGGCAUGAUGGGGCAGGAGAUCGGCGAGCAGAUCGAGAUCAUCGACGCCUUUGAUGGCGAGGUGGAGCAGAGCCAGGGGCGGCUGGGCAAGGCGAUGCGCAAGAUGGACGAGGUGGUGCGCAUCUCGGACGAGCGCCUGGGCGGAUGGUGUGUGUGGAUCCUGAUCGUCGUGCUCUUCCUGCUUCUGCUGGUGGUGUUUUUGAUAUAG